ACGUCCAGCGCCAUCAACGCAAUAUGGCGGUACGGAGCGGUGUUUGAUGCGGCGCGUGAGGUGCGUUCUUGGCGUACCCGACAACGGGACAAUUAUCAACGCUAAAUUAUCGUAAGGUGCUGCGCGUGAUCAGUCGGUGAAGGUUCGGCUUAGGCAAAGGUGUGUAAACUCCAUCAAAAUGUCGAAGCCGGACGAGAACGCGGACACCGGCGACACGGGGGACAACUCGAACGGGUCCUCGGCGGAGACCACGUCGUCGAGAGGCGGCGAUUUCGAGACGAAGCUGGAGACGGACCGUAGUAAGCGAUUCGAUUACUUGUUGAAACAAACGGAGAUAUUCUCGCACUUUAUGACGAACAAUCAGAAGGACAAGGCCGGUAGUCCCCUGAAGAUCAAAGCCGGCAGGCCCAGGAAGCAACCGGAGAACCCAAAGCCGGAUUCCGGCGAUCACAGACAUCGCAAGACCGAACAAGAGGAGGACGAGGAGCUGUUAGCCGAGAGCAAUGCCAGCGUAGCGCCUACUACACGCUUCGAGUCCUCGCCGCAUUACAUCAAGUCGGGCGAGCUGCGCGAUUACCAGAUACGAGGCCUAAACUGGAUGAUAUCGCUCUACGAGAACGGUAUAAACGGUAUUCUGGCGGACGAGAUGGGUCUCGGUAAGACGCUACAAACCAUCUCCUUGUUGGGUUACAUGAAACACUUUCGAAGCAUUCCUGGUCCUCAUAUCGUUAUCGUUCCCAAAUCGACGCUCGCCAAUUGGAUGAACGAAUUCAAGAAGUGGUGCCCCACAUUGAGGGCAGUUUGCCUCAUUGGAGACGCAGAGACUAGAAACACUUUCAUCAGAGACGUAAUGAUGCCGGGCGAAUGGGACGUGUGUGUGACAUCCUACGAGAUGGUGAUCAAGGAGAAAUCAGUAUUCAAAAAGUUCAACUGGCGCUACAUGGUGAUAGAUGAGGCGCAUAGGAUCAAGAACGAAAAGUCCAAGUUGUCGGAGAUCCUGAGAGAGUUCAAAACUGCCAAUCGGCUUCUACUGACAGGUACACCGCUCCAGAACAAUCUUCACGAGUUGUGGUCCCUCCUGAAUUUCCUUCUACCGGACGUGUUUAACAGUUCGGAUGACUUUGAUUCUUGGUUCAAUACUAACAGCUUCUUAGGUGAUAAUUCGUUGGUCGAAAGAUUACACGCUGUCCUAAGACCGUUCCUCUUGAGACGCUUGAAGUCUGAGGUGGAGAAAGGACUGAAGCCCAAGAAGGAGAUCAAAGUGUACAUCGGUCUGAGCAAAAUGCAGAGAGAGUGGUACACCAAAGUACUGAUGAAGGACAUUGACAUCGUGAACGGUGCGGGGAAGAUAGAGAAGAUGAGACUACAGAAUAUCUUGAUGCAACUGCGCAAAUGCUGCAACCAUCCGUAUUUGUUCGAUGGAGCCGAGCCUGGGCCACCGUACACUACAGAUGAGCACCUCGUCUACAACUGCGGAAAAAUGGUGAUACUCGACAAAUUGCUGCCGAAGCUGCAGCAGCAAGAAUCCCGAGUGCUAGUAUUCAGCCAGAUGACCAGGAUGCUCGAUAUCCUGGAGGACUACUGUCACUGGCGAUGCUUCCAAUAUUGUCGACUGGACGGCAACACUGCCCACGAGGACCGACAGCGGCAAAUCAACGAAUACAACGCACCCGGCAGCGAAAAGUUCAUCUUCAUGUUGUCGACUCGCGCGGGCGGCCUGGGUAUCAACCUGGCGACCGCCGACGUGGUAAUCAUUUACGACUCUGACUGGAAUCCGCAGAUGGACCUGCAAGCGAUGGAUCGCGCUCACCGCAUAGGUCAGCAGAAGCAAGUGCGAGUCUUCAGGUUUAUUACGGAGAACACUGUGGAAGAGAAGAUCGUCGAACGGGCGGAGGUGAAGCUGCGCCUUGACAAAUUGGUCAUUCAACAAGGACGGCUGGUGGACGCCAAGCAGACAGCAUUGAACAAGGACGAGAUGCUGAAUAUGAUCAGGCACGGCGCGAACGAGGUGUUCGCCUCCAAGGACAGCGCUAUCACGGACGAAGAUAUAGACACGAUAUUGCAGAAGGGCGAGGCCAAGACGGAGGAGAUGAAGCAGAAGCUGGAAAGCUUGGGCGAGUCGUCGCUGCGCAACUUCACCGUCGACGCGCCCACAGACUCAGUAUACCAGUUCGAGGGCGAGGAUUACCGCGAGAAGCAGAAGAUUCUCGGCCUGGGCAACUGGAUCGAGCCACCUAAACGCGAGCGUAAGGCCAACUACGCGGUUGACGCCUACUUCCGCGAGGCACUCCGCGUGUCGGAGCCGAAGGCGCCGAAAGCUCCGAGACCACCGAAACAGCCGAUAGUCCAGGACUUCCAGUUCUUCCCGCCGCGUUUGUUCGAGCUGUUGGACCAGGAGAUUUAUUAUUUCAGGCAAACGGUAGGCUACAAAGUGCCUAAGAACCCCGAGUUGGGCUCGGACGCCGCCCGCAUCCAGAAGGAGGAGCAGCGCAAGAUCGACGAUGCCCAGCCGCUCACCGAUGAGGAGGUCGUCGAGAAGGAGAAGCUGCUCCUGCAAGGCUUCACCAACUGGACCAAGCGGGACUUCAAUCAGUUCAUCAAGGCGAACGAGAAGUAUGGUCGCGACGACAUCGAGAACAUCGCCAAGGAGGUAGAAGGCAAAACGCCGGAGGAAGUGAUGGAGUACUCGGCCGUUUUCUGGGAACGUUGCCAUGAGCUUCAGGACAUAGACCGCGUAAUGGCUCAGAUCGAACGCGGCGAGGCGAAGAUCCAGAGGCGCGCCGGCAUCAAGAAGGCAUUGGACGCCAAGAUGGCGCGGUACCGCGCGCCCUUUCACCAGCUGAGGAUAGCGUACGGCACGAACAAGGGUAAGAACUACACCGAGGAGGAGGACCGCUUCCUCGUGUGCAUGCUGCACAAGCUCGGCUUCGACAAGGAGAACGUGUACGAGGAGCUGCGCGCCACCGUGCGCUCGGCGCCGCAGUUCCGCUUCGACUGGUUCGUCAAGUCCCGCACCGCGCUCGAGCUGCAACGCCGCUGCAACACCCUCAUCACCCUGAUCGAGCGCGAGAAUCAGGAGCUGGAGGAGCGCGAGAGGCAGGAGAGGAGGAAGAAGGGCGGCAACAUAGGCACGAAGCCGACGUCGAAGCGGAAGCAAGAGAAUCUGCCGGCGCCUCAGGACAAACCGCGGAAAAAGAAGAAGUAAAGCUCGCGAGGGUGCGACCGCCAUCAUCAGCACCAGCUCCUCCUCAACCGGACUCUACUAUUCUCCUCUUAGGACUCUCUUCGGUCACUCCCGCGGCCGCGACUGAGAUGUGGAUCACGGGGUAUCCAUGCGAGGACGCUUUUUCUAUAUUUACAGUUUUACUCUCCCUCGCACGCGCGCGCGCGUCGAUCUUGCAAACACCGACGACUUCAUGACGCUCACCUACUUCGUGUUUCACUUCAUGUAACGAAAGAGAUACAUACACAUCCACGUACACAUAUUUUUCAGACAACUGUCGCCGAGUUUGUCACAGGGUCCAUCGAAUUGUUUCACACGUUUGUAAUGACGAAUUGUUAUAGAUAUAUUAUCGUGAUUAGUCCAUAGAGAGCGAGAGAGAGAGAGAGAAUGAGAGAGAGAGAGAGAGAGAGAUGCGUACAUGUGUAAUGUAAUCGGACGUAAGUAGAUCUCCAAGCUAGAUCUCGCUUAGUGUCGCAGCAAUGUCGAUUAGACCUGAACACUUUUUUCCCAAUGGACAUGGAGAUAGAAUUACAACCAUUGCGAGUGCUUUUUUUUUUGUUUAAUCACUGUGUGUUGAAUGUUGACGGAUGUCAGAAUAUGAGACAUGAUAGAGAGGAUGCUAUAUUUAUUUCUUCGGAUCUGUCGAGCCUCGUGAGACGUUUUCAUCGAUAAAAUCUCCCUCUUCCUGUUCAAUUCGACAAGCCGCCGUAGGAUUAGAUAUUGUGGAGUAUAUUUCAUGCGUUACUUACUCUUAGCAUCCCAAGUGGAACGAGGUGUAUAAGUCCUGCUUGGGUUUUAUUUUAGUUUUAAAAUGCGGCCCAUAUAAUUACAUCGUGUGGUUACAACAUUCGACUCGUCGGUGGAGAAAUUUCGAAAUGUUUUUAUUGGUACGGUAUAAUUGAUACAUGAUCCUCGUCGGACCGCGCCGGACGAACAUGUAUAAUUGUAACGUAAUUCGUCGAAAGACGAAUAUUAAUCUGAGAAAUUACUGAGAAGUCAGCGUAUACGCGGAUACCGAGAUAAUGGCCGAAGAUUUCUACUCGAACAUUUCAGAACAUUCGAUUAGCGCCUUAAUGUGUAUGAAAAUAUCAAAUUCACAAACGCUUCUCCUAAAGAUGUAUACUUAGAUAAUUUUGAUAUUUGAGUUUACACACACACACACACACACACACACACACACACACACAUAUAUACACACACACGUACGCGCACAGACAAGAAAGAGUUCGCGCGUUCUCCGAGAAGAACGGUUCGAAAUCUUCGAUAAUAAAUAAAUCUUAUCACGGA